AUGGAAAAUUGUGUAUCAUGCAAAGUUGCCUUUUUUACCAAGGUCGAGGAGGAGCGGGAGGAUAGCCUUGUCCUGCUCAACGACGGUGACGGUUUCUUUCUGCUCGACGAACGCCGGCGCUCCUUGUCGCCCUCGACCUGCAAGGAGGAGCGCCUACCCCAUGUUGGGCCGGAGAUCUGCUGGAGAAAGGAGUGUGUGAAGAAGCCCCUACAGUGGCAUAAGCAGGGGCGGGGGAGCGAGUCGGACGCCGGGGUCGUCCACGGCGUCGUCAAAGUAGAGCAGCGGUGGGUCCUCGUUCAGGCUGCGGCAGGUCCUCCAUGCGCGCCGCCAUCUUCCUCUGCUGCGUCGACGGUGGAUUGCGGCGAAGUCUGUGUGUGCAGGGGCGAGGCGAGGAGAACUUGCCUGGAGACAACGUGCUGCGUGCGGCAGCGACGAGCCAGGUGGGUUGGGCGCGGCCAGGACCAAGCUGAGGGGCUGGCGACCAAUUUCGCGCGGCGGCGACGAGGCUGUGCCGACUGCGACCAAGCUGGGGGCGGCGGCGACCAAACUGGGCGCCUGGGCGCGGCGGGGACCAAACUGGACGAAGGGGUUGAGCGCCUGGAGACGGGGCCGAGCGCCUGGAUAAUGGGGACGACUCGAGCUCGUGGCGGAAGACGAGGAGACGAGCUCCUAGAGGAAGGGGACGGUGCGAGCUCCUGGAGGAGGGGGGCGGCCCAAGCUUUUGGAGGAAGACGAAGACACGGGCUCUUAGAGGAUGGGGACGGCGCGAGCUCCUGGAGGAUGGGGACGGCGUGAGCUCCUUGGGGAUGGGGACGGCGUGAGCUCCUGGAGGAUGGGGAUGGCGCGAGCUCCCGGAGGAGGAAGACGGCUUGAGCUUCUGAGGAGGAAGACGACGCGAAAUUCAAAUUGGGGGUAAAAUAGUCUAAUUCGCCAUCUGUCGGCUGUGUCCUAAAAUUCUAAACGCUCUUAUAAAAGUUUACAGAGGGAGUAGUUCUUGUUUAGAUCUCGUGCAAGUACAAAAAUUGUCGAUUUUGCCACUGGAGAGAACCCGUUGGUUGCAUUGUUUUUCCAGUGUGACGUCCCUUGGUAUGUUUGGAGUAUUGUUAUUGUUGCUCUGCAAGCGAAUGAAUUAGCUUGUCUUGCUAAGAUGAGGAUGUUUUAAGAUGA